CAGUUUCCUGUAGCUUAUUGGUUCGCUCAUUGUUAUUAAACUGGUCAGCAGCAGGUGAGCGAUUUCUCCAGAACCAGCAGCUGUACAUAGUAACACAGUUACUCUCUCUCUCUCUCUCUCUCUCUCUCUCUCUCUCUCUCUCUCUUCUCCUCUCUUUCUCGCUCGCGCGCGCCCGCUCUCUCGCACUCUCUCAGUAUCGCGUCUGCUCCACAUUAGCAUGUAGUGUAUGGUGGUCUAAGACUGUAGGAGUUUGUUAAGGAAGUUAGCACUUUUGCGGUCCUACUGAUGUUCAGUUGUAUCAGUUGGCGCUGCACUGAGAACAGAGUGUCCACUGUGUUUGAGGAGUGGACACAGUAGGACAGGAGAGAAGUGUGGUGAGGACAGGAGAGAAGUGUGAUGAGGACAGGACAGGAGAGGAGUGAAUAGUAGAGGAGAGGAGUGUGGUGAGGACAGGAGAGGAGACAAUAGGACAGAAGAGGAGUGUGGUGAGGACAGGAGAGGAGACAAAAGGACAGGAGAGGAGUGUGGUGAGGACAGGAGAGGAGACAAUAGGACAGGAGAGGAGACAAUAGGACAGAAGAGGAGUGUGGUGAGGACAGGAGAGGAGUGUGGUGAGGACGGGAGAGGAGACAAUAAAACUAGUGGAGAGGAGGCAAUAGGACAGGAGAGGAGACAAUAGGACAGGAGAGGAGACACUAGGAGAGUAGAGCAGAGCGAUGAUGUUCACUGAGUGCUAUCAGGACACGUGCUCGGCGGUGGCUCUUGCAGUGAGAACAGGAGAGUGCAGGUUGUUGCAGAGGCUCCUGAGGAAAGGCCACUGUGUGGAUGUGAAGGAUAACCGCGGCUGGAACGCUCUCCAUGAAGCUGCUGCUGGAGGACAUGUGCAGUGUGUACGUCUCCUGCUCACCGCUUCCGAUGGCCGUGAAGACUAUGUGAACUCACUGACUCACAACUCUGAAACACCUCUGUAUUUUGCGGCGAAGAACGGCCACCUCCGAGCAGCACGGCGCCUUAUAAGGGCUCGGGCAGAUCUCAAUAAGAUGUCCAAUGACCUCUCCAGCCCUCUCUUUGUGGCUGUGGAUAACGACCAUAAAGAAGUGGUGGAGCUGUUGGUUAGUGAAGGAGCAGAGGUUAAUGGAACACACUCCAUCUCAGGCUGGUCCUGUCUUCAUCAGGCUGUUUAUAAGGGAAACACAGAAAUUGUAAAAUUUCUGGUAAGCGUGUGUUCUCUCGAGGUGGUGGAUGACUACGGGAUCACACCCUUGUUUGUUGCAGCACAGUAUGGACAUCACCAGUGUCUGGAGAUCCUUGCAGUUGCUGGUGCGAAUGUGAAUUGCCAGGCGAAGGACAUGGCCACCCCACUGCUCAUUGCAGCUCAGGAAGGCCAUUUAUUAUGUGUGGAGCUGCUUCUGGCCCAUAAGGCAGACCCAAACCUCUACUGCAAUGAAGAUCAGUGGCAGCUUCCCAUCCAUGCGGCAGCUGAGUUCAGUCGCAUCAGUAUUCUUGAGAAAUUGAUCCCAGUGACUGACCGGGAGUGUGACCGGGGUGAAGGAAAGGUCAGUCCAAUGUAUCUGGCAGUUCUUAGUGGUCAAGCGGAAAGCCUUCGGCCUCUGCUCAGAGAGGGCUACAGUCCAGAUGCUCAGAGCUGCAGGGAGUUUGGAUAUUGCUGCCCACUGGACAUGGCUCUCUGGUACAACUCUUGGAAUGUGGGCAGUGAUUUCCAUCAGAGCCGAGAGAUCACAAAGGUUCUGCUGGCUAAUGGAGCUCGCGUCAGUCUGGCUUCAUACAUAUUGACGUUGCAGGGCCACGUACCUGAACAUCUGUCGCUCAUCCUGGAAUAUUCAGGCUUGCCUAAGGGUGAACAGCUGGAGGCACUAGUUCAGGCAGCACUCAAUAAAGUGGCCCAUGCUUCGUUUUGGCUUCCACUGCUGCUCAAAGCAGGACUAGAUCCUCUCCUUUUCCUUCAGAAGAAAAUGCUAGACGAAGCUGAAUCCAGAGUGCUUAAUUUCUUGCUGGAGUUUGUUAAUUGGAAGACUCUGCCUUCCACAUUGCUUCACACCCUUUCACAGCGCAGAACGGAGAACACUUGGACGCCACAUAAGCAUUUUGAGACUGUCCCUGAUCUGACUCAUCUGUGUAGACUGGCUGUAAGAGCUAUAGUGGGCAGCGAUACUUUGUCUAAACCCUCCUUUGUUCGGCAGCUGCCUGUUCCCACAGUUUUGCAAGACUAUCUCCAGUUCAGUGACAUCUCGAGCGCUUACACCUUCACGUCCUCAGGCAACCGAGAGUAGCCUAAUUAAUUUAUCUCGUAUGUUUUUCUGCUUCUCGUGUUUUGUAUAUAUGUUAAUAAAACUCUUACACUUCUGAAA